UGUCGCCAACGUUCUAACCGAUAUUCUCUCGUCAACGGCCUAUGCCCCUGUUCCAGACUCAUAUCAACCAAAUUGCAAUUAGCUAUUACACCUUCGCAAACGGAUCUUUCGAGUCUAUUCAAUGAAUCGGAGUUGAAAAUAUAUAUGCGUCGUGUCCUCUCCUUCUCUCGUUCAUUACAUUCCGCCAAACUUACGAUUUGAGCAAUCGCCAUUCGGAUAUACUGCUACACAACCCCAGCACGACCGAAAAGAUUGAGGAGGAUUUGUUGCGACAAGCAUAGAACCAUCGGGACAAGAAGAAGGUUGUGUUUGUGAUAGGAUUGCUGUCACCAGCACCUACAACAACACAUGCAGACGGCCAAAUCCAAAGCCGAGCAGCAGAUCCAGAAAGCAAAGCUUGCCAACUCGUACCAUGCUUUAUUGGAGGAAUUUUCUUCCAAGGACCUGCGAACAGUUGGCAAUUACAGUCUCGGUCGGCUCAUCGGCAAAGGAUCUUUUGGCAAGGUCUAUUUAGCCUCCCACAAACUUACCAAUGGGUUAAAGGUUGUUCUAAAAUCCGCUGAUAAGAAUGACACCAACCUUGCCCGAGAAAUACAUCACCACCGCCAAUUCAUUCACCCGCACAUUGCGCGACUUUACGAGGUUAUCGUGACCGAAACUCUGGUCUGGUUGGUUCUGGAGUACUGUCCCGGCGACGAGCUAUAUAAUUACCUUCUUCGUCAUGGGCCUCUCCCAGUUGACCAAGUUCAAAAGAUAUUUUCACAAUUAGUCGGUGCCGUUGCCUAUGUCCAUAACAAAUCCUGCGUUCACCGAGACUUGAAGUUGGAGAACAUUCUCUUGGAUAAACAUGGCAAUGUCAAGCUCUGCGAUUUCGGGUUCACAAGGGAAUAUGAAGGGAAAUCAAGCUACCUUCAAACUUUUUGUGGAACAAUAUGCUAUUCGGCUCCGGAAAUGCUCAAGGCCGAAAAGUAUGCCGGAGAAAAGGUGGAUGUUUGGAGUUUGGGGAUCAUCCUUUACGCCUUACUUGCGGGCGAAUUGCCAUUCGACGAGGAUAGCGAUGCGGAUACGAAGAUGAAGAUUUUGACAACAGAGCCGAAAUACCCGGACCAUUUCCCAGAAGAUGCCAAGACUCUUAUAGGCCAGCUGCUAUCAAAGCGGCCGUUGCUUCGGCCUUCGCUCUCAGACGUACUGGCUCACCCUUUCCUGACCGAAUAUGCUCACCAGCAGCAAGCAACAUUGAAGAUUCAACAACCGGCGCCGUUUACGACGAAGCUCGAAAAGGACACACUUCAACGUAUGCGAAGCGCAGGCGUGGACAUUGAUCAAGUUAUUGAAAACGUCUUGGCCCAAAGGUGCGACAGUUUAGCGGGCUGGUGGGCUUUAUUGAUCGAGAAGGAGGAGAGGAAAGAGAAGCGAAGGGAACGGAAGAGGAAGGAAAAAGAGUCUGAAGCCAGAACAUUACGACGGCUCAGUGCGGCCAGUAGUCGCCUGGAUCGUAUAGCGCCCACACUGACGGAAGUUGAUGAGGAGGGUGAGCUGGGCCAAGGGGAUGGUGAUGUGCCUAUCAGUCGCGGAAGAAAAGACAGAAGAAGCGGUACAAGCUCAACGUUGGGCAUACCUGAGCUUCCUCGCCUGCCUGAGAAUCAGUCAACCGAAUCCCAAGAGCCAGUCACUCCCCCUCCGCCAAUCGAAAAAGACCGAAUCCGCUCCGGUAGUUCAUCGCGACAGCGUCCUAUGGUGCCACCAAAAGACGUGCGGAGGUCACGGAGCAGUCAUCUUCACAUCACGACAAAUGCUGACCUGCUUUCGCCACAUGGCUACACCAGCCGACGGGCCCGUAAACAUCAACAUCCUUUCAUGAGCCAACUUGCUUCUAUAAAACAUUGGUUUAUGGAUACGACAAAGCGCGGACGAUCACCGAAUGGCUCAAAGAGCACGACUCCAUCAAAGUCUCCCGGCCAAAAGAAGCCAGAAGGCGCGCGGAAAGUUUCACCCGCCUCUACUUCAACAUUGAAUUCAACUGUCGCCUCGGGGUUGCCGACGCGAUCAACUGCACCACAAAGGCCGAGGAUAUCUACGACGCCUCAUAAUCGCAGCUCACUCUCUCCAUCUCCACUUACCCCCCACUCGUCUUACCGCAGAACCCCAUCUGGCCUUCGGGGCAGAAAAUCGACAUCAUCAUCAGUUUCGUCUAUUCGGUCCAUGCAUAAGCGAAACUAUAGUCAUUCAAAAGCCUCCUCAACUUCUUCCGCAUCAGCAUCGGUUACCUCAUCAAAGAAGGUGCCUCGGUCUCCCCACUCUUCCGUCAAAGUCCUUCCUGCUACACCGACGAAUAGCGUUUUCCCAUCCGGUUUACGCCUUGUGCGGUCUCCUCCGAGUUACAACGAGACGGCUCACUUUGGAAGCCCAACGCCUUCUCUCACAUUUGCUAGGCGCAAGAGAAGUCCAUUCAAAGGCCCAAUGCUCGGCCUAAGUACAGGCCACGGCUCAGCUGGCGCCGCUACUCGAGGCCGCGACGCAAGCGUCAGCAGCAGGACGGCUUCCAUCACGGAGCGUCGAAGUGGCGAAGUGAUCCAAGAAGAGGACGAGAAUGAUUUUGAAGAAGUCGACGCCUUUUCACCUGUCGCUGGGCCUGGAGAAGGCGCUGAUAAUGAUGACAGUCCAUUUGGUGGACCACUACGAUCCGAGGCAUGACGUCCUUGAGUAUGCAUAUAAAUGUCUUUUUCAAUUACCUUUGAGGACCGCAUCUAAAAAUCUUGUUGGCAAUAUUAUCCUAAAAAUUAGCAGCGUUGACAAGAGCUUCAUGCUAAAAAGCAAUGGCUUUUGCUCGUACUAUUCCAGAUUUCCCUAUCUUCUUUUCUUUUCUUUAUCUUCCAUUCAUUUAUUCAUUCCUCCUUUUUCUAUUAUUUUAUUUAAUUUUCUUCCUCUUCCAUUUUCAUUUGGAUACCCAGGGCGAAGUCAAGGAAAUGGGACACCUCUUUAACUUUAUUGCGUCUUACGGUCGAGAGGCUGACCGCUAUAGCUGUGCCCGUUGGACUGUAUGUUAUCUACAUUUGUUUCUUUUCAUGUCCAUUUUACCAUACAUAGGUGC